GGACUUUAGGACUUUAUUACGCCUCAGCAAAAUAGGUCAGCGUCACGGUAUGCAGUUGUGAGCUGACAUUGUCUUUGGGCGCACAAGAACGCCCAUUUGCGCACUCAGCUUCUCCUCAGGCGUCAAGACCGCCUUCUGCGAUGGCCAGCAGGGAAACGCGUGGUCGGAAGAAGGCAAAAUUGAAUCCGGCGGGCGAAGAUGCUGCUCUAGCUGGCCUCCCUUCCUUGGACGGCCCUGAAAUAGUCCUUGAACGGGAGGUGCUUCCAGAACCAGAGCGCAUGCAUGUGACCGAACCUGCCCCAAACGUUGAGGAGGACAUAGUGGACACUGCCACGCCACCUUCCUUGCGCAGGCGGGCCGGGAAAGCAGCGGUCAAUGACAAUAAACCUGGCGCCAGCGGGCAGCAUGCAGAGACCAGCUCCGAUGACGUUCCGGUUGGACCGGCACGCAAGAACAAUAAAGGCGGUGUGAGGAAAGACCAAGACGGGCGGAAAGGCAGAAGCGGCGCCACUGGGGGAGGGCCAGGCACCAGGGGUCGCCGGGCGGACAAGGGUUUGCCAGCGCCAGGCUAUGAGUUGCCACCCCGAGAAACUCCGCAGCGGAAGACUGGCCGCAGCCGCCGAUCACCACCACCCGCCCAAGUUCAGGGCCAUGACGAUGGCGGCUUGGAGGAAGAGGAUGCGCCGUUCAUGGACGCGGUGGUGAAGGUGUUCUGCACUCAUACAGAGCCCAAUUACUCGCUUCCAUGGCAACGCAAGCGCCAGUUCAGCUCCAACUCGAGCGGUUUCAUCAUCGGAGGGCGGCGCGUGCUAACCAACGCUCACAGUGUCGAGCAUCACACACAGGUCAAAGUCAAAAAGCGGGGCUCCGACACCAAGUUUCUGGCCACCGUUCUGGCGAUUGGGACCGAGUGCGACAUUGCCAUGCUCACGGUGGAGGACGACGAUUUCUGGGAAGGGGUGACGCCGCUCGAGUUUGGAAGCCUCCCCCGGUUGCAGGACUCUGUGACUGUCGUUGGGUAUCCGAUUGGGGGCGACACCAUCUCCGUGACGAGCGGGGUCGUCUCGCGGAUUGAGGUCACGUCGUACGCCCAUGGGAGCAGCGAGCUGCUAGGCGUGCAAAUCGAUGCGGCAAUCAAUGCUGGCAACUCCGGGGGGCCCGCAUUUAAUGAGUCGGGGAACUGCGUGGGCAUCGCAUUCCAGUCGCUGAAAAACGAGGACGCAGAGAACAUCGGGUAUGUGAUCCCGACGCCCGUGAUCAACCACUUCAUCACCGACUUUGAGCGCACGGGGGGCUACACCGGGUUCCCCAUCCUGGGGAUUGAGUGGCAGAAGAUGGAGAACCCGCAGCUGCGAAAAGCCCUGGGGAUGACGGAUCAUCAGAAGGGUGUUCGAGUCCGCCGAGUUGAGCCCACGGCACCCUCGGCCGAGCAGCUCCAGGCAUCGGACAUUCUGCUCAGUUUCGACGGCGUUGACGUGGCCAACGACGGCACCGUCCCGUUCCGGCGCGGCGAGCGCAUCGCGUUCUCGUACCUGGUGUCACAGCGGUACACGGGCGAGACGGCGCGGCUGACCAUCCUGCGCGAGGGGCGCGAGCACCAGGUGCAGGUCAAGCUGGGCAGCCACAACCGGCUGGUGCCAGUUCACACCGGGGGGAAGCCGCCCAGCUACUACAUCGUCGCAGGCCUGGUGUUCACACCGGUGUCGGUGCCGUACCUGGCGUCCGAGUACGGCAAGAACUUCGAGUUCGACGCGCCCGUGAAGCUGCUGGACAAGAUGAUGCACGUCAUGGCCGACGCGCCCGACCAGCAGGUCGUCGUCGUCUCGCAGGUGCUGGUAGCGGACAUCAACAUCGGAUACGAGGAAAUCGUGAACACGCAGGUGCUGCGCUUCAACGGCACGCGCGUCAACAAUCUGAAGCACCUGGCCGCCAUGGUCGAGGCCGCGACGGCGCCCUUCCUGCGCUUCGACCUCGAGUACGACCAGGUCAUGGUGCUCGAGACGGCCGCGGCCAAAGCCGCCACUCCCUCCAUCCUCAAAACGCACAGGAUACCCUCGGCGAGAUCAGAGGAUUUGAACGCAUAGUGGGGACUUGCGUGAGGACUUGCCUAGAGAGAGUCAAAUAUGCAUGCGUGCUUCCUUACAUGAUAACUGUCCCACAGAGCGUGCAUGAAACGGGACUUCAACCUGUUCUCCAAGUUCCCUGAAUUCGUGGUGCUGAAAGAGUCGCUUUUAUCAUCACGUGCA